CUUAAUACUCAAACUCAUCAUAUGCCAUUCCCCUUUAUAAGGCUUUCACCUUCCUCUCUUUUCUCAAGGAUUUCAAACACCAUCUCCUUUCUUUAUAACUACAAACUAGAAAAACCAACUUCGUUCUCUUUGCCUCCACCACCACCACCACCACCAUGCUUAAACAUAACACUCUUGUGUUCAAGAUCUUGACGGCUCUAAUACUAGGCUGUGACUUCAACCGGAGCAGAAUCUCUUCCACCACCAACCUCCACCAUGCAACACUCACGUCAUUAACGACAGAACUGAAACUCUCCGGUGAACUCCAAUUCGACAACCUCCACCAUGCCGCCAAAGACUUCGGCAACCGCUACCACCUCCUCCCGGCCGCCAUCCUACACCCCAAAUCCGUCUCCGACAUCUCCUCCCUCAUCACCUACAUAUUCCAAAUGGGACCCACAUCAGGGUUAACCGUGGCGGCACGGGGCCACGGUCACUCCCUCGAAGGCCAAGCACAAGCCCACCACGGGGUGGUGGUCAACAUGGAAUCAUUCGGUCAAUCUCAAGGAAUGCAAUUCCAUAUCCAUGGUGACAAACCGUUUGUAGAUGUCUCAGGUGGUGCACUUUGGAUAAAUAUUUUGCAUGAAAGUCUUAAACAUGGUUUUGCACCAAAAUCAUGGACUGAUUAUCUUCAUCUAACCGUUGGUGGCACGUUAUCCAAUGCGGGGAUUAGUGGACAAGCUUUCCGACAUGGACCUCAGAUCAAUAAUGUCUACCAAUUACAAGUUGUUACAGGGACAGGACAAGUAGUUAUAUGUACAGAGGACAUGAAUUCUGAUCUCUUUUAUGGUGUUCUUGGAGGACUUGGUCAAUUUGGCAUCAUCACUCGAGCUCAUAUUUCACUUGAACCCGCACCCAAAAUGGUGAAAUGGAUUAGAGUUCUUUAUUCGGAUUUCACUACGUUUACGAAAGAUCAAGAGAAAUUAAUAUCAUCCGAUAGUUCGUUCGAUUAUGUUGAAGGGUUUGUGUUGAUAAACAGAACUGGGUUGCUUAAUAAUUGGAGAUCUUCUUUUAAAUGUAAAGAUCCUGUUCAAGCAAGUCGGUUUUUUUCUGAUGGGAAAACUGUCUUUUGUUUGGAAAUCGCCAAGUACUUUAAGCAAGAAGAUGCUGAAACCAUUGAUCAGAAAAUUGAAAUGUAUUUGUCGAAAUUGAAUUACAAUGAAUCCACGUUGUUCGUAUCGGAAGUGUCGUAUGUGGAGUUUUUGGAUAGGGUUCAUGUGUCAGAGUUGAAGCUGCAGGAGAAGGGGCUAUGGGAUGUUCCUCAUCCAUGGUUAAAUCUUCUUGUUCCCAAAAGCAAAAUCCACAAAUUUGCAAGUGAAGUUUUUGGGAAAAUUCUCACUGAUACUAGCAACGGGCCUAUACUCAUUUACCCAGUCGACAAGUCUAGGUGGAACACCAAAACAUCGAUGGUGACCCCAACAGAGGAUAUCUUUUACCUGGUGGCAUUUCUAUCUUCAGCAAUGCCAUCAUCGGAAGGAACAGACAGCUUAGAAUACAUUCUAAAUCAAAACAAAAAGAUUCUAGAAGUAUGUGAAAGUGCUAAACUUGAAACCAAGCAGUAUUUACCCCAUUACAAUACCCAAGAGGAGUGGAGAACACAUUAUGGGAGUCAGUGGGAUGUUUUUGUUAGAAGGAAAUUAACGUAUGACCCUCUAGCAAUAUUAACCCCUGGUCAAAGAAUCUUCCAAAAAGUAACCAGUUAUUUAUAACACCACAAGUAUCCAUAUGAAUCUAACUCGAAGUAGAAAUGCAUAAAAAGUUAUAAAAUGAUUAAAUGUACAUAUUAAUUGGAAAUCUUUUGUAAUUUUCCCUGGUGCAUUUGUGACAACGAGCCGUAUAUAAUAUGG